ACAUCUGUGCGGUGUAGAUAUUUGGUAUCGUAUUCCAAACUCCGCGGGAAGUAUGUUGUUGUAUUUGUAUGUGUUGAGUUUGCGGGGUAAACGUGAAUGUUUAAAGAGUGAUUAUGGAAAAUGAAAUAUACUGGUAGUAUGGGGUGAAAGUUAUCAUAUGAUAACGAGGCAAAGCUUUAAAAAAGUUUUGAUCCGGUGUUAGAUUAUUUUACAUAGUGUUUGACAGGUAGUCUGCAUCAGUAUGUGCUACACUGUGAAAGUAAGAUUUCUCGGUUUCAACUCUCAGUUCUGUGCUGUGAAGAAAUACGACUAUGAGCACUAUGAAUAUAUGUCUCCUCAUUCCACAUAAAAGAAAGACUCCGGUUUUGAGAACAACACUAUUGACUGCCUGGUCGUAACAUGGAUCAGUAUGAAAAAUUCAAUGGCUACCACAAAAUGGAUAGUGUUAAGAAGAGGAUUCCUGAUUACACUGAUAUAGCUUACCGGGAAGCUGUUGCCAGGUUAAGAUAUCUGCUUGCAGAAUCUUAUUCAUCACGUGGAACGCCAACAAAAUUAUCACAUACUCAUUCAACCAAGAUAGAAGACAGUGGAGAUGAAACAGAUGCAUCAGCUGUUGUGAGUGAUCGGUCGCGGCAUGUUUCAUAUCGUGCUCCCAUCUUUGAAACCAAAUACAGUGUAUACCCAGGACUUGCUGUGAAAUCUUGUAGCCAGCUGCAUGGUCCUCCAACACAACUGCCAGCAACUAGAGGAACUGCAUCAGUAGCUUCUGGCGAUGAACCAACAUCCAAAGCGUCAGCUACUCAGCCACCACCAGAACUGAUGGCAUACAUUGAAAGACAGGAAGAGUAUAUAGAACAGUUGGAGAAGGAGUCACAGUACUGCAGAGAAGAACUGUCAAACCUGAUUGGCAGAGUAAAAGACGUGAUAUCAGAAAAUGAAGGACUACAUGAGAAAGAGAAAUCUGGUUUGCUGAAAUCAGUAUUUGAAUCUUUUGAAAGUGGGGAAGAUGAAGAUGAUGACGAUGCUGAUACAUCAGAUGAAAAGAAGGAAAAGAAAAAAAUGCAGCCAGCUAAGAAGAAGCGUCUGGAAGGACCUAGCAUAGUGUUUGAAUCAAGAAUAAGUGAACUGGAGGCACAACUUACACAAACAAAAAUUGAUCUUAGAAAGGCACUGGAAGAAGUUGACAUGUAUAAGAAGAAACUGGCUGAUGUGCAGUCUCAUUCAUACGAUGGAAGUUCCAUUCCAAAUAUUGAAACUUACAAACAUCAAAUUGAAAUUUUACAAAGGGAAAAGGAAGAACUUAAAGAUAAUAUGGCUAAAUUGAAUAUGGCUGUUGCUCAGAUCAGAGAAAAAGAAGCUGAUGCAACUCACAAGGCCAAGAGGACGUUAGAUGUUGCUGACCAAGCAGAAUUUGAGAAAGCUCAGGCAGAAAUGGAAGUACGUAGGUUGAAAGAGGAGCUGGACCGCCAGCAUGAGAAACUACGUGACCUUCUGCAAGAGCAGGGCCGAAAAGUACAAGAAGAACGGGCAGCAGCAGAAAGACGAUAUGCUCAGCAAGUUGAGCAGCUGAGUUCUGAUUUAGCCAUGCAGUGGGAUGCUGUCGGAAAGCUACAACUCGAACUAGAGCGGGAGCGUCGCAUUGAAGCAGACUUGCGCCGUGAACUGCAGCAGAAAAAUUGUGCUAUAGAAGAACUCAAAAAGGAAUUGCAUACAAAAAUUGCAGGUCUCCAGAGUGAGGCGUCACAGAACGCAGCAGAACGUGGUUCCUUGGAGCAAGAGCUUACCUCAAGUAGACUCAUGAUUGAGCGAGCUGAACGUGAGGCACGGCAGGAAGCAGCUCGACUUCAGGCUGAAAUAACAGCACUUCGACAACGUCUCGAUCGUGCUGAUGGAGAUCUCUUGCACAGCAGGCGUGAAAACCUACGGCUUUCUGAACAGGUUGCAUCACUUGAGCGAGAGCUUAACCUAGCAAAAAUGGCUAAAGAAAGUGCUACAAGAGAUGCUGGUAUUAGAUCCUCUCCAAGUAAACAGUCAGGUGGAAGGGAAAAAGAGCUCUCAUCAAUGAUUAUGGAUAUGGAAGCUAAACAUGUCAAAACUGUUGCUGAACUAGAAGGUAUGAUUCAGUCCCAGAAUCUAGUCAUGGAAAAACUGAGAGAGGAGUGUCAUUCUCUAACAAAGAAGCUGGAAGAUUCCUCUGCACGACACAAGGAAGAAAAAACAGCAUUAAAGGGGGAGAAUGUGAAUUUACUGGGAAAACUUGAGCAGGUGUGGAAAAACUAUAAGGAGCUGCAAAAGGAAAAUAUUAAGCUUAGUGCUUCUGAUGAACUAUCAGCAGAAAAGGAAAUACAGGCAACACAUUUGGAGAGGAGCAAAAUGAAACAAGAGACAGGAGACUUGAAACAGGACAGUAUGAUUCACAACAAGGCUAUGAAGAACAAGUCGAGUACCCUCCCCACCAACAGUAUGAGCAACCAGAAGAAUAUGGUUACCAAACAGAACAGCAGCAGCAGCAGCAUGAAGAACAGCAACCUCUACAACAUCAGCCGCAGCAGCAGCAGCAGGAUCAACAACAACAGCAACAGCAUCCAGAAUACGGAACACACGAACCUCCAUAUGAGCAAGACCCAGGCAUCCUCCUCACUGGACCACCACCUCCUCCUCAGUCCAUGGAGGCGUGAGGUGGCUGUACCUCCACUUACACUGGAAGAUUUAGCUACUGACAGCGAUUCAUGUGGAUCGCAGUCUGCACAGCUAGAUAUCUUCAAGUAGUAGCAACCUUCACUUAGACAGCACAACAAAAACUGUUAUCCCUCAAUCUUUUUUUCACGAUGUUGAUAAAUAUGCACAGAACUUCGUUUCAUUGUGCAUUGGUAUUCUUGUGUACAUAUUUAUGAUGUCAUCUAAAUUUUGUGUACACAUAUUUUAGUUAUUAAAAUUGUUUAUGUUUGUGUAUAAAUAAGAUAAGAGGAGCUAUAGAAGCGAAAGGAUAUCUUUAGGAGACCGGCUAACAAUUUUCCAUUUCAUAUAGCCUAUUAUGCAGGAAUAUAAUUGAAAUUACUAUACAGAAAAUACAGCCUCAUGCUUGUUUUUAUAAUGUAUGUGUCAUGUCUGUACAUCUUCAUUGUUUUUGUUGCUGCGGGAUAUUAAAAAGUCAGAGUGAA